GAUUCGUGGAGCAACACAACACUUGUGAAAGCAGUGAAAGAUCUUGAAACAAGUCCUUGCGAAGUCGAGUACAAAAUACAAAAUACAAAGUAUACUAUAUAGAAAAAUGAGGAGAAGUGAUAGAAUAACAAUUUUCACAAAAAUGGCUUUUGUACGAAGGCUAAAGUGCUGAAGCUGUCUAAAUAAGGAUGAAGUUAGCAGCCUUGAAUGAAGAUUGUAGUGAUGACAGCUUGUCUGAACCCACAGAAGAGCGAGUUAAGGAAGCCAGGGAAUCGGAGGCACUGGAAAUAUACAACCAAGCAUUGCAACACCAGCAGCUUGGUAACAGUGAUAGGGCAAGAGAGUUUUAUCAAAAAUUGUUAAAUGCAUCCUUUGUGGCCGAGGUUGAUGACUCCACCAAAGAUGACGACCAGCCAAGUCAUCCAGGACUGGUGUUCAAAUAUUCAGCGUAUAAAAAUUUAGCGAGUCUUGCAGAAAAUGACUCUGAUGAUGACAAAGCUGUUGAUUUAUACCUUGAGGCGGCAGCACUUGAUGACUCAGAUGUCACAUUAUGGUAUAAAAUUGGCAAGCUUGCUGUGAAACUGGGGAAUCUCAGAUUGGCAAGAUAUUCAUUUGAACAGGGAUUGAAUAUCAACUCCAAACAUUGGCCAUGUUUAGAUGAGCUGGUGACGGUUCUUUACGCAAUUGGGGAUUAUCACUCAUGUUUAAUGAUUGUAUCAAGUGCAUUUGAAAGAGAUACCUCUUAUCCCAAAGGUCUGAUUAUCAGGGAUAAAAUCUAUUCAGAGUUUUCAAGUUUUAGAAAUGACUACCAGCAUCUGAGAGGAAUGUCGUGUGCAAAACAUGGAAAAUACGAGCAAGAACUGGCGUAUCAGCUCAUCAACGAAGCGAUGGAACUACGUGAGAGGAAUCGUCAAAGAAACGUAUUUCCUGAGCCACCGGCAAUUAUUCCUGCGAAACAUCUAGCUCUUUACACGUGGAGCUCCUUAGGCAAUUGUCUUGUUUCAUUGUACGACCAAGUUACCUCAGACGAUAAUUCAUAUAACUUGUGCCAAAAAGUAAACUUGGAAAGUUAUUGCAAGAUUAUUAUUACACCAGAGAUUAUUCGAAAUAAUUCAUCUUCUCAAAAACAUUUUACGAAAGACAACGAGGACAAGAGAACUGUAAACAGUUUGAAAAGAAAGAAAUUUUUAGCUGAGGAAAGUGAUCCAUUCAACGCACCAAAACGACGUUCUGCUAGGGUAAACAAGAGCAAGAAAAAACAAGAGGAAGUCAACUACCUCGAAAUUUUACAAGACUUUCUUCCCGAAAUAUUGAGAAGCGGGAAUCUCAUUGAAGGAAGCGAUGAACCGCAAAGCCAGGAAAUGGAUACACCAGAAGUGGGUUCUGAACUAGAUGUGAAUACUGUCGCGGAUAUUUCCAGCGAAAACGAACCGCUCGAUGUACAAACCUUUGUAAGAAAGCACAUGGAAAAAAGCGGAACACUCGACCUUCUCUGUGAUUACGCCCUGCAUCUCAGCGAAAACUGUCAGUUUAAAUGGCCAACAUCGCUGGUUGAGGCAUUUCUAAAAAUUUACAGCCGAGUAAGACCUCACCUGUCACUUCCAGCUCUGUUUUCACAAGAAAGUACGAAAUCAGAGAUAAUGUCAAAUGCGAAGCUUGCUCUUGUCGCGAUAGAGCUGACCUUAGACAAAUGGUGCACAGAGAAAUCCAAGUCUUCCUCCAGCCUUUCGCCUGCCGGAUCUCCAAGAGGUAAUAACCAAUCCACGAAAUUGUCGCCUCUGAAACAAGAUUUUCUUGGAAAGUAUUUCCUGAACGAUCUCGAGUACAUAGCACAAGCCACGCACGUGGCCACCAGUCUUUCGGAGAAAGAAGGUCUACAAUUUGCUCUCAGAGUCAACUGGGCCAAAGUGCGUUUCAUGAUGUUCCAAGGUCAGAUGAAUCUGGCGGUCAUUUACUUAGACAGGUGUAAAGCAUUAAUUGAGCUCAGCGAAACUGCCAUUGCUGUGUUACUUGUGAACUGCAAAGCCGAUAACAUCAUCAACAUCAGUCGGGUCAGAAAAAAACUCGAGUCGCUACAGCGCUGUCAAUCUUUGGAAGAGGUUCACCGUCUCUACGAGUCAGGACAAUAUCAAGAUGUUGUGGAUGUUUUACUCAGCUCUCUUUACCAUCCACCUCCCGUUGCAAAGGUGGGCAGUGGUGGUAUGUCCAUACCAGAACGACCAGCGCAGUUACUGCUGCUGCAAGACUCUUUAAUGAAGAUAAAAGACUACAAGACGUGCUUGACGUGUGCCGAAGUUGGCUUCAACGAAGCUGUCAGCCAAAUGACUCCUUGUGAGGCCUGGGCGACGACGUUUGAGAGAAUCUUCACGUGUAUGAACGAUGUUUUGAGUAUGGACAUCACAAUGUUAGAUACCUUACCAAUGGACAAACUUCAAAGAUUGACGCAAAAUUUGAUCAAGGUGAUUGAGGUGUCGAUGGAGUCGAGCGAGAAUGUUUCCGACGUUCCGUUGGCGACGGUCAUGCCUUGGAUAUUGCUGUACAGAAUCAUGCAAAGCAAGGAAAGUAAAGAAGAUAGCGAGGCGAUGGAAGUCGAGGAACAACAAGUGUCACCGACCAAACCUUCGGACAGCGAAAAAUCCGAAGAGAACCCAAAUAAGGAAACUACACCGCCAAAGGUGACCCAAGUCAGUUUACCGUUAUCGUUGCAAUUUCUACGCCUGGGGCACGAGGCGCUCGGAGGUCGUUCUUGGUGUAUCAACAGCGAUGGUAUCUUCCUUUUGCUUUUCGUUGAAGUUUUUUGGAAGCGCCUGCUGGAUAAGUCUCCCGCAAUUGAACAAAAUCGUGUUAAAAUGCUGCGAGAACUCGAACAGUGCUUCUUCUGUCUCUACGGCCAUCCAUCAAAAAAAGCGAAGGCAAGAGGACUUCAAGAACACGGAUCGACACAGAUUUUGCUAACCUGGCCAAAUUCUGAGGUUGUGUUCGAAUUCUUCAAGCCCAUGGCUUUACCGACUUUUGAGGACAAAACCAACACAGUAACGAGCGAAGUGCAAAAUUUGCUGAGAAGAAUUACGUUAGUGAUACCGCAGAAUGAACUAGAAGUGAUCAAAAUUGACUCUGUUCAAAACUUCAUCGACGGAUCCACUGAUAUCAUACCCAAACUUCCGGAUCAUUUAACUGGAGUGGAAAGACCUGUAAUCAAUGAGAUAUUUUAUCUUUUGGCUGAUUCGUAUUUCAAGAACAAAGAAUUUAGCAAAGCAAUAAAGUUCUAUAUCCAUGACAUUUGUUCAAAACCGAAUCGUUUCGAUACGUGGGCUGCAAUGGCGUUAGCGCGACAAGUUCGCUUGGAAGACAAAUUACGGGCAUGUGAGCAGAAAAGCGAAGGACCCAUUCAAAAGCAUUCAGUUUCCACUUUAAGGUGUUUCAAAAGAGCGCUUGAAAUUGACAGCUCCAAUACAAACCUAUGGGGAGAGUAUGGAUCGCUGUCUUACUGUUUACAUUCCUACGCUUCAAGACAGCUGAAUCAGGUGGAAGCGCUCACUCCGGAAAAUCAAAAAACACUGGAAGAAAGACGAGAGGACAUGUUGGCACAAGCAAAGAAGUGUUUCAACGAAGCCCUGAAUAAAUCAGACAACGACGAGCCUUGGUUGCAACAUUACAUGUUGGGAAAAAUCGCUGAGAAGACUUCCGGGCCGGCAGAGGAGUAUUUAGAAUCUUAUCUGAAGGCGCUUGAAGAGUUGGAUAAAGACGACGCUGAAUACCCAAGAAAGAUAAGUUAUCAUAAUCCACCUAACUUGGCUUUGGAAGCUUUAGAGGUUGCGUUCCGAUUUCACAGUUCAGUUCUAAAGCUGCUUGCAAAAUGUGAAGAUGAAAGUCAGUUUGGUCUAUUAAGUCGUUUCCUUGAUAGAGUUUCAGCCUCUCCGUUUUACCAAGCCAGAUCGAAAGUACAUAAAGACGAUGAACAAGUGUCCAAGUCUAGUCCGGGAAAAGAGGCAGGAGAGAAGACAGUAAUAUCGAACAAUGACAGUGAUAAGUCAAACACAGAACAUUCAACGACACCUGUUCAAAUAGAAAUUGAUCUUUCAUGCGAGUCAAGUGCUGUGGAUAAUCAAAAUUCGCAAGAUACGUCUACUGGCGAAACGUCGAACGCUGAUAAUAAAGAAGAGGAUUUGGAAGAACUGAAAAUAUCGUCUCCACAGCAGCAGCAACAACAACAACAACAACAAGAGCAGCAACAACAGCAAGAACAACAACCACAGCUGGAGCAACAACAACAUCAACAACUGCAGCAACAACAACACCAACCAGAGCAGCAAGAGCCGCAACAGCAACAACAACUGCAGCAAGAAGAACGUGAACAACAACAACAGCAACAACAACAACAAUUGCAACAACAGCAAGAGCAAAAACAGCAACAACAACAACUUGAACAGCAACAAGUUCCACAACAACAACAGCAGCAACUCGAAUCUGAAGAAGGCUUAAAUACAGAUGUGCCAAAGGACAAUUCUUCUUCCGAGAGCAAGCUCCAUGAUAUGUUGGAUGAUAUGGACACGAGCUCGGAUUCACCAUCCAAAGACAAGCUGAUACAAAGAUGCCUCGAAGCUCUGGCUAUUUGCUUACGACGUUUUCCACAGCAUUACAAAUCACAAUACCGCUUGGCCCAUGCGUAUUUGAAUGUUCCGUCCGUGAAGAAUCCCAAAUUGAGUCGUGAUCUUCUUCUUGGCAGCAACAUUGCCGGAGAAAAACCGUUUAGUUUAUCAGUUCAAAGUUUAUUUAAUGAAAAAAGUAAAACAAAUUUAUUUCAAGGCAUUUGGAGAAUCCCUUUGGACGACGUGGACAGACCGGGUAGUUUCUGUACUCAUAUGUACAAAUGUGUUAAAUUGUUGAUUGAUGUCCUGGAUGAUCUACAAGAAUGGGAAUCAUUGCUUCUCGUCUCCAUUCUCCUGUAUCGAAACCCUGACAGUGGCAAAAAGUACUUGAGAGAUAAUGAACGAUUACAGCUCGCAUCAAAGGCCUUUACGUUAUCAUUGAAACUACUAAACGGGCGUUUGGAAGAAUGUAAAAAGCUCGUGAAGCCAAACGAGGCUGCAACCACUUUACUCACAGAUGCACACGAAGCAUACAAAUGUUCUCAAAAAGUACAGAAAUAUGGAGAGGAAACAGAGAAGCUUAUGGUUGAAACAUUUGAACUCACCGACCUACGUAAGGUUGGCAGCACGCCAUCACAAGAUGAGAGGAAACAAAGUGAAACUUCAGUGUUAGACGAAAUUCUCAAAUACUUCCAGCAACUAUCAACCCCGACAAAACCGACAUCUGUAGUUGAACACGAUGAAAAAAAUGGCGGACAACCAAAAACUGGAGAGGACAGCUCGACAAAAACGGAAUCAAGGACAGAGGGUGAAAAUACUAAAGAUGCUGAAAGUGCUGAAAGUGUAAAUAAAACACCCAGUCAUGAACAAAAGCUAACAUCUCCUAAAUCUAGCGCUGACGAUCAAACUCUUACUUCUCCUAAGUUACCUCCAUUAAUCCCUGACGGAGAAAAGUUACCUUGAAGAAAGAGCCCCUGUAUUUAUGUAAAUAUUGCGACCACGCUAAGUGUUUGAAUAGGACCUGGUUGGCUGGUUCAUACCUUUCAGUUUAGGCGGGUCGAACUGAUGUAAAUAAGAUCAUAGAUAAUGGUAUAAAUCUAUAUUGGUCAUCA